AUGGAACUCGUCCAGAUCGAUUUCCUAUCGUAUCAAUCAAUUCCUGGGAAACCGGCCAUGAACUGGCUAUCCUCACGUCUUUCUGGACUUUUAGAUCAAAAACCCACCACACCUAUCUGGUUCCGUGAUAUUUGGAGAUCCGGCCCGCCGGGAAUACAACCGCCGUUGUCGUUCCAUGCUGAACAAUGGUAUCCAAGUAAUCUACCUACAGUGUUUCCACCAUGGAAAGAGCCGGGGGUAGACAUCGAAACAUUUCGAACAUUAACGCCACCCUCGACGACGACUUCGUCUCCUGAGUCCACUUCAUCGUUAAUGACAACGCCUGGUGUGGAUCCAACUCUACUCGAUCUCACUACUGAUAACCUCACCUCCCCUGAUGUCAACGAAACCACAUCGGCGAUAGGCACAGAGAACGUCAUUGAGCUGUCCAUAGCAUCCAAUGCAACAGAAGACAUCAGGAGUUCCAAUAGUAGCGAAAUUUUGACUGAAAUCGAAGAAAUCACUGAAACGUCUAUCGCUAACGAGACUUCCAUUGAGAUUACGGAGGAUUCCAGAAAGUCUAGUAGCAAUGAAAUUUCCAAUGAGAAAGCAAGACGUUCCAAGGACUCCAGUAGCAGCAGUUCCAACGAAAGCACUCUAGAUAGCAGAACAUCCAGGAGCAGUGGCGUUUCCUUUGAGAGCUCAGAAACCACGAGGACACCUGGCAGUGGCCGAGGCCUCCUUGACAGCGUAGAAGAUACCGGCACAUUCAACAGUAGCGAAGUCCUUGAUGUGAUGGAAGGAAAUGUGAUAGCCUCAAAUUGGAGCGAAAUUUUCAGUGAUAAUGGACGAGAGCUCCUUAUAGAUGAUAUUGAUAAAUUAUUAGUUCUGAGCGCUCAAUCGUCUCUAGCACCCGAAGUAUCAUCUAACCUAACCUUAAGAGAUGAAGAAAUUGAAGAAAAUUCGGCUGCUGCGACGUCUUCAAUACUCGAGGGCACAUUCGAGGACUCAUUACCGAGAAAAUAG